UUUCUGCUCUGUUUGGGCUUCGGUGCGGGUUGAACGGUCUUCUGAAGCAGAUCAGCUUCUUAACUCAUUUCAAAGUGAAAAAGAUAAGAAAAAAAAAGAAAAAAGGAGUUGGUAAACACUCGUGAGACUCCCGUCAUCCUCUAGCAAAUUGUGAGGUUUACAUACUUAUGCCUGGGCUGCCGUUAUCUGAAGACAAUUGUAAGCUUACUGUUAACAGCAACCAGCGUCUAUAUGAGAACUUUGCAAGUCGUAAGUUGACCGCAAAGCAGUAUUCUUGUGAACAAAACCCAAGGAGGUCCUACAGAAUAUACUAUGAUGUCUGUUAUUGCUCAUUUGCAAUGACGAUUUAUAUUUAUCCGUCAAAACGCCCGUAUAAGUUUACCUUAAGCUGCUAGCCAAGUGAAGCUAACGUGGUGAACGUGCCUCUGGUUACUGUUCCCAACAUCUGGCCUCCUGGUUAUGCAACUCUGUUGUGUUCAUUUAAAGCUCGCAGGCCACAUCGAGUGGUUGGACGACUGCCCAGCCUGCCUCAUACCUAGUUUUCAGAGUGUGUGACAAGCUGUCAGCUGAACACUACAUGACUAACGGAAGAUAACAAAAAACCAGCAGAACUUGUGCCGCCAUCAUGUCCGCAGACACUGACCAGGACCCACCGCAGUUUGUUAAUCCCCCACCUCCUGAGGUGACCAGUCCCAACAAGCCAGGCCGGAGGACCAACCAGCUGCAGUUUAUGCAGAAUGUAGUGAUCAGAUCUCUGUGGCGGCACCAGUUCGCCUGGCCUUUUUACCAGCCCGUCGAUGCAGUCGCUCUUGGACUGCCAGACUAUCAUAAGAUAAUAACAUCUCCCAUGGACAUGGGAACCAUCAAGAAACGACUAGAGAACAACUAUUAUUGGAGUGCGAGUGAAUGCAUGCAGGACUUCAACACCAUGUUCACUAACUGCUACAUAUAUAACAAGCCUACAGAUGACAUUGUCUUGAUGGCUCUCGCCUUGGAAAAGAUUUACUUGCAAAAAGUUGCACAGAUGCCUCAAAGAGAAGUGGAAAUUCUUCCUCAUGCUGCCAAAGCGAAGGGCAAAAAAAGUAGCACACAAGAAAGCAGGAAGAGGCGUGAGAGUUCGAGCCGUGCCAAGAGCGACUUUGAAGAGGAGUCGCCUCAACAGCAAGCUGAGCCCUGUGGCCUGAGUGAACAGCUUAAAUACUGCAGCAGCAUCCUGAGGGAAAUGUUCUCUAAGAAACAUUCCGCCUAUGCCUGGCCUUUCUAUACGCCUGUAGACGCAGAAGCUCUGCAGCUGCACGAUUAUCAUGACAUCAUCAAGUACCCCAUGGAUCUCAGCACCGUUAAAAAAAAGAUGGAUGCAGGAGAGUACCAGGAUGCACAAGCAUUCGCUGCUGAUGUUAGGUUAAUUUUUUCUAACUGCUACAAAUACAAUCCUGCACACCAUGAUGUUGUUAUUAAGGCCAGAAAACUUCAGGGGGUUUUCGAGCAAAGGUUCGCAAAGAUGCCAGACGAACACGUGGAGGUGACCUCAGAAGCAGGUGCCAGUUUGGAGAAAUCGGAGUCUGCAGAGGAGCGUGCCACCCAACUUGCUGAGUUGCAAGAACAGGUGGGUGCAGAUCAGCUUAAAGCUGUUCAUGGACAGCUUGCUGCUUUGUCUGAAGCCCCUUUGAGUAAACCGAAGAAGAAAAAAGAAAAGGACAAGAAAGACAACAGCCAGCAAAACAUAGGAGCAAUGAAUUCCAAAUGUACGUCAAAUUCCUGCACCAGGUAUUCACAGAAAGGAAGCAAAGAACGGGAGUCAGAAGAUGAAUGUUUGCCGAUGACUUACGAUGAAAAGCACCAGCUGAGCCUGGACAUUAACCGGUUACCUGGCAUGAAGCUGGGCCACGUGGUGCACAUCAUUCAGAGCCGGGAGCCCUCAGUGUCCAACACCAACCCAGAUGAAAUUGAAAUUGACUUUGAGACACUGAGGCCAUCCACUCUGCGUGCUCUGGAGCAAUACGUCAAGGCAUGCCUCUGUAAGAAGUUUAAGAAAUUUCAAAAGAAAAGCCGUCAGACCGCAUCUCAUCGCACCAGCAGCAGCAGCAGUUCUUCAGAUUCUGCCAAGAGCAGCUUCACUGACUCUAGCACAGAAGACAGUGACUCAUGAUCACUGUAUUGAUUUUAUUUAUUUUUGCUAUUGUGACCAAAAGACAUUUCCUCAAAAAAAUAUGAAAUCUUUCUAUUUUGUUAUAUGUGCAUUAUGUUAAAAAUUAAAAUUC